AUGCCUUGGGAGGUAGCAGCUGAAUCAGAGGACGAAGCAAUUGAAUUAGCGUUCGCACGCGGAGGUCCAGUGGGUGAGAGUGGUCCGCAUAGCGCUUAUGCUUUUGUUGGCCCUCGUCGCUCCCCACCAUAUCGACAGCUCUAUCGCAUCGAUCUUCCAGAUCCAGCAGAUAUAAGCGCAUGUGCAGAGAAUCUGCGGUGGGCGUUUGCGCAAAACACGCUCUUCCGCUACCCAUGCCGCCCUGAUGCCUGGAACGAGAGUCCGGAACACAUGGAGUGCAUCGUGCAGAUUCGGGGCGAUCGGGGCUGGAAGUCGGAUGAGUUACUCGCUAAGGAAGAGAAGUAG